UAAUGGGUAAUCACAUCAAACACGGCAGCUGGCUACAGGUCACAUCAGGGACUUUUCAUGUGAUUGAUGUUAAAAAAACAAGAAAGAAUGUCUUUUGGAUCGACUCUGUGGAUGCUCCUCUUCUUGAUCUGUGGAGUGUCUUUGCAGGAAUCUGACUACGACCAUGAAUACUACGAAGAAUUGGAGCCAACAAAUUGCUCAGUUGAGGAGAAAAUCAAAGGUGGAUAUGUCACGUUCUCACAGGGAGGACUGCCGGGGAGUCUGCUGACCUAUCACUGCGGCCCGGGUCAGUACCCAUCACCUGUUAGCUCCAGGCUCUGUGAGGAUGAUGGAGAGUGGACGCCCAUGCGAUUAGCCACUGGCAGACUAACAUCAAGUGCUACUUGCAAAAACAUCUUGUGUCCAGGUCAGCUCCAGCUGGACAACGGGGACUUUUGGCCCAGAAAUCAGUGGUUCCGUGUUGGAGCAACGCAGAGCUUUACUUGCCAAGAUGGGUUCAGGCUGCACGGUUCACCUGAGAGGAACUGCACGGUCUCUGGGGACUGGACAGGAAGCAGUCCAGUCUGUGACAAACAUGAGGAUGACUGCGAUGACCCAGGGAUUCCCCCGGGGGCUGAAAGGUCAGGGGGUCAGUUUGAUAUCGGGGAUAAGGUCACCUACCAGUGCCAGGCGGGUCUGAAUCUACUUGGGUCGUCUGAGAGGGUUUGCAUGGAGCAAAGGGAAUGGAGCGGCUCCACGCCACGCUGUCAAGGCCCAAACACUUUUGAUUCUCCCAGCUAUGUGGCUGCAGCCAUGGCAGGCUCAUUGGCAGGAGUGAUGGAUGUGGUCUCUCCAGACUUCAAAAAGCAAAAGGAGGGAAUUUCCUUUGGCCGAACCAUCCGCGUGGGGGAUGUCAGUCGAAUGCAUAUUUACAUUCUACUGGACACAUCUGGAAGCAUCAAAAAGAAAGAUUUUAAUCUUUCCAGGGAAGCCACUAUAGCUUUGAUCAAAAAGCUGGACAGUUACGACAUCCAGCUGAAUUUCCACAUAGUGUCGUUUGCCAGUGAGGCUCAGGUCAUCGUGGAUAUCAAAGAAACAUACACAAGCAGCAACGCCGAUGAGGUCAUUUCAUCCCUGACCGAGUUCGACUAUCAUAGCCACGGACAAAAGACGGGCACCAACCUUUACUCAGCUCUGCAAGCUGUCAGAGAAAGGAUCAGCUUCUUCAAGGAAAACAAGGGAUCCGCCUUUAACGAGACGCAGAACAUCAUCAUCAUAGAAACUGAUGGAUACUCAAACACCGGGACCAAGCCGCAGAUUGCUCUGGCCCAGAUUAGAGAGCUGCUGGGAUACGGUAACUCACUCCAGGACCACACCAGUGAGAGGCUGCUAGAUGUGUACGCCUUCGGCGUCGGAGACCAAGUGAACAAGGAGGAGCUGAACUCUCUGGCCUCCAAGAAAAGCGGGGAGCAGCAUGCGUUUGUGUUGAAGGGCUACGAUACACUGGGAGAGGUGUUCAACAGCAUCAUCAGUGACGAAAGUGUGACCAUGUGUGGAAUCGCUCAGGAAGAAAUCUCCCAGAAAUCUCAGGAAGAUUGCAUCAAGGCCUACACCAGACCGUGGCACGUGACUCUGACAUCACCAGAGUGGGGUCUCCAGAAGUAUUGUUCUGGAUCCAUAGUGAGCCAGAGGUGGGUGCUGACGGCUGCUCACUGCUUUAACCGAUAUUUUGGGGGAUAUAUCCCAAAGCAGAUCACCAUAGAAGCCGGUGGAGAAAAAUUAAAUGCUGAAGAGGUGAAAAUCCACCCCAACUAUAACACGAAUGCACUAAAACAUAGAAAUGUGUCUGAGUUCUAUGACUAUGAUGUGGCUCUGGUCCUGACAACGGCGGCGAUCCGUCUGUCCUGGGCAGCCAGACCCAUCUGCCUGCCGUGCACCAUAGCCGCCUCUCGGGCCUUGAAGAGGAUCAACUCCACCUGUGAGGAGCACCGGCAGGAACUGCUGGCACACAAGGAAACGACCGCCUUCUUCAUCCAUAAAAAGACUGAACGCAAACAAACGCAUAUUCACAUAGACGGUCAGAGGCCUGCAUGUGUGGAGAAGGCCCGGCAAACACUUAAAGAGCCCACAAACGUAACCCUGGAUGAGUAUGUACCUGACAGAUUCCUCUGCUCUGGAGGCACAGAAGGAUACCAGGAUGCAAUCACCUGCAAAGGUGACUCUGGUGGAUCCCUGUUUCUGCAGAAGAGAAAGCGUUACUUCCAGGUGGGAUUGGUGAGCUGGGGCACCACGGACAUCUGUGACCGUAACAACCGGGCCCACGGCAGCAACCGGCCCCCUCCAGACGCCCGAGACUUUCACAUCGAUCUCUUCAAGAUAAUGCCGUGGUUGAAAGAACAUACAGGCAAGGAGAUCAAGUUCCUGCCUGAGUUUGACCCUUGAUGAGCCUGGGAAGAUAAAUCUGCUUCAGGAUGGAACAGACACCGGAGCUUCUGCAACAUCCAAGCAGAAACUCCUCUGUAAGAGAUUUAAACAUCGUCUUACUGGUCCAAAGCUGAUUUGUCCAUUUUAAUUAGCAAACUAAAAACGAAUAAAAAUGUAUUUUACUCUCUAAA